GGGACGGGGAUCAGGUCUGAGCUGACUUCUGAUCUCUGAAUCUGCUCCUUUGAGAAGUUGAGCAGCUUUUUCAUGCAAAUAUUGACCAAUCAGGUGCCUUCAUUAGGGCCCAAAGUGAACCCAGGUGUGUUUGUGUUCAUCAUCAAGAGAGGAAUAAAGCACAUCAGGAAACUCUCUGGGUGGUUUGAGACCGGUCCAGAGCAGCAGACUCUAAAAAGGUCCCACCCGGAGAGGAGGCGCAGAGAGCCCGAUCCAUGAGCGCACAACUCCACGGAGCACCAGGGGAGCAAAGUGUUCCAGAGGAGGAGGAGGUGGAGGAGGUGGAGGAGGAGGAAAGGGAGGAGGAGGAGGAGGAAGAAGAAGAAGCUAGUUUGGGGUUUGUUUUUACAUCCAGCGGUGAAGAGGAUGAAGAUGAUGAGGAGCGACAGGAGCGCGUCAGUGAAGUCGGGGAGGAGAAGGUGCGCACCGGGCUCCUCACUCCGAGUCCUCCCUGGAGUUUCAGGAACAGGAACAGGAAUCUGUGAGAACAACAGUCAGACUUUAUCAGCUGACAAUAAAAACAGUUCAUCCUCCUCUCAGGAUGACAGAGAGAUGCUCCUCUGAGAGUUCAGCCACACACAAGGAGCUGUUUCACUGCUAUCUGUUGUACUACAGCGCCCUCUAGAGGUUAAAUCAAUCACUGCCCUGCAUCCACUGCCACCAGGAAAACCUCCCCUUUAUUAAAGCUGCUGUUAAUGAUGAAAUGAUUAAUGUCAGAGGAUCUGUAAGUGAACACUUCUUAUUGUUUGUGUUUGAACAAGAAUAAUAUCAUCUCUUUAACCAAAAAUAUAAUAACAUGUUUAAAACAGCUCAUUUUAA